UGAUCACCGCACAGCCCACUGUUAGCGGUCCAGCGCUUCGUCUAGACUAGAGGGAGUAGUUUGUAACAUGGAUCGCUGGAGAGGCAGAGUUGCUCUUGUCACUGGAGCUUCAGUCGGAAUAGGAGCUGCAAUCGCAAAAUCUCUUGUCCAGCAUGGCAUAAAGGUGGUCGGAUGUGCCAGAAAUGUGGAGCAAAUAGAGAAACUGGCAGCUGAAUGUGUCAGUAGCGGAUACAGCGGCGCUCUAUUUCCAUAUAAAUGUGAUCUUUCUGUAGAGGAUGAAGUGUUGUCCAUGUUCUCCUGGAUCAAGACUCAACACAAAGGUGUUGAUGUGUGCAUUAAUAAUGCUGGUUUAGCUCUGCCAGAGCCUCUGUUGAAUGGCAAAACCAGCGGCUGGAGAACUAUGAUGGACGUGAAUGUGAUUGGCCUGUCAGUGUGCACCCGUGAGGCUUACCAGUCCAUGAAAGAAAGAAAUAUUGAUGAUGGCCAUAUCAUUAAUAUUAACAGUAUGUCUGGGCAUCGGGUUGUAAACAGUGCCUAUACACACUUCUACACCGCUACUAAAUACGCAGUGACCGCUCUCACUGAAGGUUUGAGACAAGAGUUACGAGAAGCCAAAACCCACAUACGUGCCACAAGUAUAUCUCCUGGUUUAGUGGAGACAGAAUUUGCCUACCGACUCUUUAGUGAAAACCAAGACAAGGCUUCUGCCACCUAUAAAAGUAUAAAGUGCCUGCAGCCAGAUGAUCUAGCAAAAGCAGUGGUGUAUGUCCUAAGUGCUCCUCCUCAUGUUCAAAUUGGUGACAUUCAGAUGAGACCUGUGGAACAGCUGACAUGACCAGAUACAAUGUUUAGAUUUCCUGCCAUUUUAAUCAUCCUGAAAGCUUAUUGAUGGUUUGAUCUUUAACCAUGUUAAAUGUAGAACUGACAGAAACAAUAUGAAUAUCUUUGUGAAUAAUUUGUUCACUCCAAAUCUUAUGAAAUGCAAGAACACUGCUCAUGUGACUGAUCAUGAAAUUUACAUUUUAUUAUUAUUUUAGUGAAUAUUGUUGAAUAUAUUAUGCAAAAGUAUUCUUGGUGCAAGAAUUGAAUCAUUGGUAAUUUGCAAAAUGCAGAGUUAGUGUCAUUUAUUUUACUUGACAUCGUAAAAAUGAUUAUUUACAGACAAACAUAAGUGUUUUUUUAAUAAUUAUUUUUAGGGGUUUUCACCUUUAUUGUAUAGGACAGUAGAGAGUAUUGACAGGAAAGCAUGGGGAAUAGAGAGAGGGUUGAAGGAUCGGCAUAGGACCACGAGGCGUAAAUCGAACUCGGGUUGCCGUGAGCACUG